AUGGAUUUUCUAAAGUCAGCUGUUGCUUCAGCUAUUGCCAAGGGUAGCUCGUUUCCGUACAGUUUCGGCGACCGAGUUGAUGAUAACGAGUCCACCUGGACACUUCACAACGGGACAAAACGGGAAGAUGGCUCUUCAUGCAGUAUAUUUACCUUUGAUAUUGCAGCAAAUAAAUCCCGCCUGCCCCUCGCGAAAAAUGCAAUUCGCAAACACCGUACCCUCAGGCACCCCGGCGUGAUUAAAGUGUUGGAAACGGUAGAGUCAACGCUUAAGUUUAUCAAUGAAGAUGCUUCGUCGGUUCAUGGCGCGGUCCGGGUCUCCUCUAUAUACACAAGUGAAAGUGGGGAAUGGAAACUUGGCGGAUUUGAUCUACUUAGCUCUAUGAAGGAGGACGAUGCUGUAAUAUACACAUAUGGUAGUCUUUUACCAGAUUCCUCACGUUACGCACCACCGGAGAUCGCAAAAGGCGGCUGGGAAAUUAUCAAACGCAACCCAUUACCUGCGACGGACUCUUACAAUUUCGGGAGCCUUAUUUUCGAAGUUUUUAACGGCAGCUAUAGAGGAAACGAGCAGGCAGGCCAGACUUCGAAUGUCCCGCCGAGCAUGCAUCAAAGUUACAAAAGACUUAUGAAUCCCAAUCCAAAAUUAAGGCUGAGUGUGUCCAAUUUCCUGGAACAAGGAAAGCGCAGUGGUGGCUUCUUUGAAACCCCGCUGAUAAGGCUCACACAGGAUAUUGAAAGUCUAGGAUUGAAAAGCGAAGAGGAGAGGGAUCAAUUUAUUAAUGAACUCGAUGAGCUAUCAGAUGAUUUUCCCGAAGAUUUCUUUAAGAUGAAAGUUUUGCCCGAGCUGCUGAACUCAGUCGUGUUUGGUGGUGGGGGUCCGAAAGUUUUAGCUUCCAUAUUGAAGAUCGGCACGAAGCUCUCAGAGGAAGAGUAUUCGAGUAAACUUACACCGGUUAUUGUACGAUUAUUCGGCAACCCUGACCGUGCUAUACGUGUCUGCUUGCUCGAUAAUCUCCCUCUGAUGAUCGACCGUCUCCCACAGAAGAUUGUUAACGACAAAAUAUUUCCCCAAAUGGUGACUGGUUUUACCGAUAUCGCUCCGGUUGUAAGAGAGGAGACUGUAAAAGCAGUGCUCACGGUCAUCGGGAAACUCUCUGACCGCACCAUCAACGGCGAACUGUUGCGAUACCUCGCCAAAACUGCCAACGAUGAGCAACCUGGAAUCCGAACAAACACGACCAUAUGUCUCGGUAGAAUUGCAAGGAACCUGGGACAAAGUUCAAGAGCCAAAGUCCUCACAGCCGCAUUUAGUCGAUCCCUGAGGGAUCCGUUCGUCCAUGCCCGAAACGCAGGCUUGCUUGCUCUAGGUGCAACUCUAGACCUAUUUACUGAGGAGGACUGUGCAACGAAAUUGCUACCAGCAAUAUGCCCUUCUUUAUUAGACAAGGAAAAGCUCGUUCGUGAUCAGGCGAACAAAACGCUUGAUUUAUAUCUGCAACGAAUUCGCAAAUUCAGCGCAUCGCUACCAGAUACAGCGUUACCAGCCCAGAAUCACUCUGAUGCCCCUGCCGCAGGUGCUGCCCGAAUGGGGACGCUAAAUGACACAUCCUGGGCAGGAUGGGCAAUUUCAUCAUUUACAAAUAAAAUAACUAGUGCGAAAGGUGAAAUUGAACCAACAUCCAAUGGCAAUCAGCCCAUUGCUGUACCUACACUCCGAUCUUCCUCAGUGCCGCGUCCAGCGAUCUCGUCACCAUCUGUCCAACUCGACAAAUCAAAACAAAUCUUGCGACCCGGUGCGCAACAUAUUCCCCGAGCCCCAUCAGCACCUCCACCCCUAGGAGGUAAAUUGGAACCUGAACCCAAAGAAGACGACGAAGAAGAGGACGCGUUUGACGCAUGGGGAGCUAUGGAUGAUGAGGCCAAUGAAGAUGAUGGAGCGGACGAUCCUUUUGAUGCUAAAAGAUCACAUUCUCCUAGUGUUCUAGCAACUUCUCCGCACACCGUAUUUGAUGACGGUGGAGAACCCGAUUUUGCCGGUUGGUUAGCCGCCCAGUCCAAAGCAAAAUCUAAAAACCCCUUACCUAAAGGACUUUCGAAGUCGACCGCGAUGAAGGCUGCCAGUGCCACGCGGCUAACAAGCACAUCGAAACCAAACAUCUCGAGCAGCAAGAACUUGUCUGUCAAGGGCGGAACAUCCCAACCAGCUAAAACGAUCGAUACAAAACCGAAAGACGAUGCGAGUGGGGAUGAUUGGGGAGAUGCUUGGGAUUGA